CGCGCGCUCUGUAGCGCUCACUUCAGUCCGGUUAAAGCGCGCGCUGACAGCGGAGUUCACACGCACGCACACACGCACGCACACGCACACACUUGCCGUGAUUCCUGCUGGAUCUUUAUUGCCAACUCGACGAAAGCUCCGGAGUAGCAGAGUGUCGUUUGUCCACUGCAGCUGGCAUGAGCUAACAUGGAAACCAAACCUUUCUUGUCGCUAGGGUUCCUGAAAAGCCCGUGCUCAGUAGCGCCGCCCUGUGUGCAGGGCCGGCCGGGCGAUGCUGGCAGCUCGCCCUCGGGCUGCUCCUGCUUCACGGGCACAUGCCCACUGCACCAGCGCAGGAUAUCCACAGACUCAUCAGGCCAGCUGUCCUCGUCUCCUCUGAGCUCCCCGACUGGUCACCGUGCUGUUGGCCCUCAUCCACUCCACCCGUCCCUGCUCACCCCGUCUUCCAUGGGCUCAACACCGGGUCAGCUUCACUCACCCAUCAAUGGCCUAGCAUCUCCCUUCCCUGUCAUCAACUCACAUAUGGGCCAUCCCUCCAUCACGGGGCCUUCCAGCACCAGUAUGGCCUUCGGCCCUAAUCUCAGUCCACAACUCAGCUCCCCCAUGACGUCAGUCAGCAGCCCGGAAGACAUCAAACCUCCUCUGGGCCUGAACGGAGUCAUGAAGGUUCCAGCUCAGCCGACCGGCACCUCGUUGUCUCUCACCAAACACAUCUGUGCCAUCUGCGGCGAUCGAUCUUCAGGUAAACACUACGGCGUGUACAGCUGCGAAGGCUGCAAAGGCUUCUUCAAGCGCACGGUGAGGAAAGACCUGACUUACACCUGCCGAGACACCAAGGACUGUCCGAUCGACAAGCGCCAGCGCAACCGCUGCCAGUACUGCCGCUACCAGAAGUGUCUGGCCAUGGGCAUGAAGAGAGAAGCUGUCCAGGAGGAGCGGCAGCGGGCGAGAGAAAAGAGUGAAGCUGAAUUGGAGCUGGCGGGCUGUACCAGUGAAGAGAUGCCAGUGGAGAAGAUUCUGGAAGCUGAGCUGGCAGUGGAGCCCAAAACCGAAACCUAUGUGGAAGGCAGCGUUGGUGCGGCUGCCAACUCUCCCAACGACCCCGUUACAAAUAUUUGCCAAGCUGCUGAUAAGCAGCUCUUCACAUUAGUGGAAUGGGCAAAGAGGAUACCACACUUUUCCGACCUGCCUUUGGAUGACCAGGUCAUUCUUUUACGAGCAGGGUGGAACGAGCUCCUCAUCGCUUCUUUCUCACACCGCUCGAUAAGUGUGAAAGAUGGCAUAUUGUUAGCAACAGGCCUCCAUGUCCAUAGAAACAGUGCACAUAGCGCUGGAGUAGGUGCCAUUUUUGAUAGAGUGCUGACAGAGCUGGUGUCUAAGAUGCGAGACAUGCAGAUGGACAAGUCUGAGCUUGGAUGCCUACGAGCUAUUGUACUUUUCAAUCCAGACUCUAAAGGUCUAUCUAAUCCAACAGAGGUGGAGGCACUUAGAGAGAGAGUAUACGCUUCACUGGAGGCCUACUGUAAACAGAAAUACCCCGAUCAGCCUGGGAGAUUUGCUAAACUGCUACUCCGACUGCCUGCUCUGCGCUCCAUCGGUCUGAAGUGUCUGGAGCACCUCUUUUUCUUCAAACUCAUUGGAGACACACCCAUUGACACUUUUCUAAUGGAAAUGCUAGAGGCACCACACCAAAUGACAUAAUGGAGCAGUGCCUUAACACAAUGUCAUGACAAUGUCACUCAGAAUUCCUGUAAAGAACACUGCAGUUUCAUGCACACAUCACCUUCAGGAGGCCAUGAUGAGAUGCAUUUAUCUGCUAAACGUCUUCUCUUGCAAUCCAGGAGACAAACAGAUUAGCUUUGGUGCUUUAUCUUUGGAAUUUGCAAAUCCAUACAAUUACACAAAGACCAUUCACUAUGGAGUAAUUCAUAAGGAGGAUGGAUUAAAAGAGUCAUAACCGUAUGCUUGGGAAGAAAGCUGGCACAGAUUUUAGCAGAUCUCGUGGUCAAAAUGAUUUCUUAAAUAUUCUGCCUCACAGUGACCUACCUCUGCAGUCCACUCUGUUCACAAUGUCUCUGCUCAGUUUCAUAUCUGUACACAUUCAGGUCAGUGUGAGUGUAUAGGUUUCAUGAACGGAUGCAAAAUUCUGCAAUACCUCAUUAACACCCCUCGGUACCACAGGACUCCUUUUUCUGACACCUCAUCACUGCCUUUGUUAUGGACUGUACUUUAUGUACUAUAAUAUUCAACAUCAAUUUUGCUAUUUUUUUUUUUUUAAUAUUUUAAAAUUCACUGAUGAGAGAAGGAUGUAUAAGAAAGAAAUGGUUGUAUUUGCAGCACUUAACUGAUUUUAAUUUAAUUUGUUUUUUUCAAACAGUGUUGAAAGUAGCGAGGCUGCCAGCAGUCGGUCUUUGCAUGGAGCAGUGUUGUUUGCCUGUAGCAGAGGCGUAUGAAUGACAGAAUGGUCUAAAAUGAAUGUCACAUGUGCUCUUUGCCUGACUCAAGUUUAAUGAUAGAAAAAAGCAAUAUGAUUCUCUAAUGUUUGUGUAAAGUUUUAGAUGUUUGAUUAUCAAUUGUUUUGCCUUUAUAAUUCAUCUCAUUAAUGUAUCAAGUAUUUCCAAAGUUUUUCAUUUAAAUGUCAUGUGAUGAUUCCCAGCAAAGCAGCAUUUGUGCUAUGAAAAUAUGCAGUUAGGCUACGUUCACAUUAAAAGGCUUUUUUUUUUUCUUGCCUAAAUGAGACACAGUCUUCUCAAUUCUGAUUUGGGACACUAAUAUGUGGUACUAGAUACAUAGCCAUGUAAUUAUAUGAAAACGUAUGAGGGGGUCAUAUUCACCUAGUGCUGGUAGCCUGUUAGCAGUGCUACCUAGGAGAAGGUAAUGGAGAAAUGACAGUAACAGCUGAAAAACCAUCAAAAACCAUCUGGACUUUUUUAUUUUCAUUUAGUCAUAUAACUGCUACUGAGCUGUCUGCCUCGAGAGCAAAUCUCUGUAAUGACAGAUUGUGCUACAAUUUCAUUACUACAGUCUCUCAAAUGUUUCUUGUUGUUCAUGACACUUCAUCAUGCAGGUGGUGUUAUUGAUUUCAAAAUAGGUUCAUGUAAGUCAUUUCAGGGCAGAGGUCUGAGGUCACAUAAACACGAAUGUGACCUGUUAAGACAGAAAGAGAGAGGUUAGUCUGCCACCUGGUGUUCACAGGUGAUACUACAGCUUUCACAAUAUAUUAUUUAAAAAAAAAAAACAGAAUUGAAUAAGACUUGUAAUGUGAACAUAGCCUCUGUUAAGAGAAUCCAGAUGAUGGUCUGGCCUCAGGGAUGUAGAAGGUUUGAGAAGAGCUUACUCUGCCACCUGGUGUCUCACAGGUGAUACUACAGUUCAACAUUAUGCUGAAACAGAAAUCUGAAGAAUCCUUCAUUGUUUGACAGUGUUCAGACUUGGCAAGCAUUGCGAAAUAACCAGACCUCAGGCUUUGCAAAACACUUUUUAUAUUAUAGUAUUAAUCAGACACAUAUUGUGCAAUUACUUUCUGUCUUAUAAGGAACAGACAGAUUGUUGUGAUGUUUGCUAAAAGGAACCUCUUGCAAACUGAGCCAGGCUAAACUAACGCAGUGUUCUUAUACAGUAAAUAUACAUUUGAUAUUAUUAUUAUUAUUGUUAUUAUUACAGAUUUUCAUAACCAGACUGUGCAGAAUCUCAGCACGGUCACUGAUUGCAGUUUCAAUAGUCACAUAUAUAACUCAAUGAAAGCAGAAGCUACCACUCAGGCACAUACAUGGUUUACAUGCAGUUUCAUCACAUAAAAAAAUCACAAAACCCUAACAGUGGUGUUUUUUCAAUAUCAUAUGUUUCACAAUAUCACGUUUUAUUCCUUUUGUCUUGCCUAAAGCCCUUCUCACCUGUAGCCUGAAACCAGGUUUAAAACAGUGUCUGGGCUUUAAACACCAGCAUAAAGUCAUAGGAAGUACAAAAAAAACAUCAUCUUACAUUUAUUGGAGCAGAAAUCAAGGCCAAAAUUCUAAAAGGCCGGAAUCUAGAAUAAUCCAGGGUGUUGGGCCUCAUAGAAGACAAACAGGGUUUAGUAGACCAACAGAGACAGCUGAUAUACUUUCCCCAUGAUAAGUAAGGUUUUGGCAAACCAUGAAAAAAGUUUGGUUUAAAUAGAAAUAUCUAUUUUUGUACAAUUGUAAUUUUAUCCUUGUGUUCCAGGUAUUUACAUAAUUCUAUUGAAUGUUGCAUACAUUAAUUGUAUACAUGCUGAUUUGUAAAAUGGAAGGGGUCUUGCCCUCUGAACAGGUUGCUGUUGAAACAUUUUCCCCAGUUAUUUUAUUGUUGUUGUUGUUGCUGUUUUAGCACCAUUGGGCUUCACCUGGAAAAUGAAAAAUGUCAUUUUUAUAUAUCAGUACAAUGAGAAUGGGUUAAUUGUGUUGUGCUAUCAUACAGUGUUUAUUGUUCGAAGGACAAUUAAAUGCUCAGUUUUGAAAGUUA